UAAAAAUGUGUACAAAUUAAAAUACACUUCUGGCAACUUUGUUUGCCGCCAUCUUUGGUCUUGAAAAAUUUGACAGUUCUUUCUUGUAGCACGUUUUACGAAAAGCACUCACAAUGCAGAUAUUCGUAAAAACUUUGACGGGGAAAACCAUCACCCUUGAGGUGGAGGCUUCAGACACAAUCGAGAAUGUGAAGGCCAAGAUCCAGGAUAAAGAGGGAAUCCCACCUGACCAGCAGCGAUUGAUCUUUGCUGGUAAACAAUUGGAAGAUGGCCGUACCCUGUCAGACUACAAUAUCCAGAAGGAAUCAACACUUCACUUGGUGCUGAGGCUUAGAGGAGGUACCAUUGAGCCUUCCCUUCGUAUCUUGGCUAUGAAGUACAACUGCGAAAAGAUGAUCUGCCGCAAGUGCUACGCUCGUCUUCACCCACGUGCCACCAACUGCCGCAAGACCAAGUGUGGACACACCAACAACCUGCGCCCCAAGAAGAAGCUUAAGGAUUAGGUUUUUUAUCAUAGAAUUCUAAGCUCUUUUACAAACAUCUCCAGUAACAUACAUUGAAAAUGUAAACCAUUCAACUAAAUUAAAAAAGUGUAACCAAAA